UUUUAAAAUUUCUUCCACUCAUAUCGCACAUUAAAUAAGUUUUAUCACUGUUGCGCACAUGCAGUUGGAUGGGGUUCCCUAUACAUUUUUUGACUGCAAAUUUUGUUGACCUGCGCAGUAAAAAAGUUUGAUUUGACAUAUAAAGGUAGCAUUUCUAGAGUUUACCUUUAAUUUCAACAUUCAGACAAGUGCAUUAAUUCUGUGACAGUCGAUUGUAACUUCUGGAAAUUAUCCACGGUUUCUUAAUACAAAAACAAGAACAACUGUAACUAAUGUUUCGUAAAAGCAUACGAGGUCUACAAAAUUGUAGUAAUUUGGUACUUAAUUUUACAAGAAAUAUACAGUUAAAUGUAUCUGAAACGAAAAGUGCACUUCUUUCAGAAGUGGCAGUGGCGCCCUCACAUUCUUACAGUGACAAUAAAGUAACAAUUGUGGGUGUUGGUCAAGUGGGAAUGGCAGUAACAUUCAGUAUUCUAGCUCAAGGAAUCUCACAUGAUGUUGUUCUUCUCGACUCUGAAAAAAAUAAACUCAGAGGAGAAAUGUUAGACCUACAACAUGGAUCGUUAUUUCUAAAAAACCCCAAAAUCAACGCCAGUACUGAUUAUGCUGCCACUGCUGGAUCACGGCUCUGUAUAGUAACGGCAGGGGCUCGUCAACGUGAAGGAGAAUCACGUUUAGAUCUAGUUCAGCGAAACGUUGAUAUUUUUAAACACAUGAUACCAAAUCUAGUUAAAUACUCACCAAACACAAUUUUACUAAUCGUAAGCAAUCCUGUCGAUAUUCUAACUUACGUUGCUUGGAAGUUGAGCGGAUUGCCUAAAAACAGGGUCAUUGGAUCAGGAACUAAUCUUGAUUCUUCAAGAUUCCGAUUCCUGAUGUCCCAAAGACUUGGAAUUGCUCCAGGUAGUUGUCAUGGGUGGAUUAUUGGAGAACAUGGAGACAGUAGUGUUGCGGUGUGGUCUGGAGUGAAUAUCGCUGGAGUUCGUAUACGUGAUAUAAACCCAGUGGUAGGAACACGAGAAGAUCUUGAAAAAUGGGAAGAAGUGCACAGGAAUGUUGUAGAUUCUGCUUAUCAAGUUAUCAAGUUGAAGGGUUAUACAAACUGGGCCAUAGGUCUAAGCUCUGCAUCGCUGGCACACAGUAUUCUCAAAAACAGUUUUAAUAUCCACGCUGCGUCAGUUGACGUUAAGGGCUACCAUGGUAUCACAGAUGACGUGUUUUUGUCAUUACCAGUAGUUUUAGGCGAAAAUGGACUAUCUCAAGUUGUGGUACAACGUUUGAGUGAUUUGGAAAUGCUUCAACUUCAGAGAUCCGCUUCUUGUAUACAGGAUGUGCAAUCUAAUCUUAAACUUUAAUCAAAUGAUCUACUUUUAGUUGUUUUGACAACUAUGUUGUACAGAUGUAAUAUCAGAAUAGUGUUAUUUUUAUAUUUAAUUUAGAUUUAUUUCAUUUUUUUGUACAUAGCUAUGUAUAAGGUAAAAUAAAUAACUCAAAAAUGA